GUCGCUCACCGUGGUUGCUCCUGUUUUGUGUGUGAAUACUGAAUGUUGACAUUCAACAUGGCGGCAUGUCGUCAGUGCUGUGCUGUGUCGUGCUUGUGUAAUUGUUAGUUUAGGACAUUUUUGAAACCAAGGCUCACUGUAAAUUCCACAAUUAAAUGCUGAAGAAAGAAACGCUAACAUAGAAAUCUUGGAACAACACAAUCACACUCAGCACGCAUUGAAGACAUCUGAGGAUUUUCAAGUCAACAUUUAUCUUUUAAAUCUCCUAUGUUUUUUGAUUUACUCCUUUUUAUAAAGGAUGACUGCUGUUUAAAAGGAACACAGUUGUUCUAGUGUACGCUAAAUUGAGUAAAUAUCAAACAGUCGUUAUAACAGUCGUGCAUACGUAUGUGGAAAGUAUCAAUGGUCUAUGAUGUGCUAAGAAUUUUGUACUUGUAUUCAUUCAUAAAACAACAUUAACUCUAUAUUGUUCAUUUGUAUAUUGUACACAAGCUUUGUGAGAAAAAGUUAGGUGAGCCAUAAAGUGACCGUGAUUGUGAUUGCGGCUGAGAUUGUGCUGCUCUUGACUACCAAAACUGUAUCUGUAUUUAAAAAAGCAAACAAACAAACAAAAAGGAGUGCCAAUUUUGCACAUAGUUGCCUGGGGUACUCUCUUACGAAUAAUUUAUGACAAACAUCAAAAUAUACUUUGAAAACCUUCCUUCCACUUCUUGGUCACAAAAGAGCCUGCAUUUCUGCAGCAUUUUAAAGAGCCUCUCUUCCUCUAUUAAGUUCUUAUAACAUUAUAAUAGUGAACGAAGAUAUAAGGUACCAAGAACCAUUCUGUGAUAUCUAUGUUAACACUUAAAUAAUUGAAAGACUAAAAAUUUCUAAAUAUAAGUAUAUAUAUACAUACAUAUAUAUAUAUAUAUAUAUACAUAUAUAUAUAUUGUGGUGAAACAGAAGUGAACACAAAAGAAAUUAAGUAAUUAUUUCGAGAGAAAAGAGGGAAUACUUAUACACAAAAUAUUACAAUUUCAACUUGUGCGAGUUCCAAACAAUGUCCAACAAUCCUCAGUGGAAAACGUUCCAGCCGCCAAUCAUGAACUCUGACCCCGCAAUACUUGAUUACAAGUCUAUGACUAUACCGAGUCCCAAAGUUAUAACGGGAUCGCAUCAGCCGACAACAAAUAUCUAUCGGAAUGGAAACAGCUACAGCGGUGACCAUUACAUGAUGGACUCGCCACCUGGAAAUGGGAAGAAUAUAUCGUACGCCGGCUACCCCAACAGCAAGAUGUCACGAAACGGAGUCACCAGAUUUUCCUUUGGAACGUUCACAGGAAUGGAAACUAGCACCGGGUACACGGAAGAGCCGGCAACGAAUAACUCUACCUAUCAAGAUCAAACCGAGAAUCAAGGACCCCGAGAAACAGGAAUAAUUGAAAAGUUAUUACAUUCAUAUGGAUUUAUACAAUGCUGCGAAAGGCAAGCGAGGCUAUUCUUUCAUUUUAGCCAAUUUAGUGGUAAUAUAGAACAUUUGAAAAUUGGGGAUCUUGUUGAAUUUGAAAUGACGUAUGAUCGACGAACGGGCAAACCCAUUGCUAGCAUUGUCAGCAAGAUUGCUCCAGAAGUGGUACUAAACGAAGAAAGAGUCAUUGGGAAUGUAACAACAGAAUUAAAUACAAACGGUGAUACGCAAGGACGUAUCAGUUACGAAAAUCGCGGGGAGUGCUUUUUUCUGCCAUAUACAAAAGACGACGUUGAAGGGAACGUUACUUUGCGUGCUGGCGAUAGAGUUUCGUUUCAAAUUGCUACCAAUCAACGCGGAAAUCUGGGUGCGUGUCACGUAAGAUUGGAAAAUCCAGCCCAUCCCGUUCGCUAUCGUGGAGUCGUUUGCUCGAUGAAAGAAAAUUUCGGUUUCAUCGAGCGUGCCGAUGUAGUUAAAGAAAUUUUCUUUCACUUUAGCGAAGCUAAAUCAAUGAAGGACGAACUUAAACUAGGAGACGACGUUGAAUUUAUAAUACAAACUCGAAAUGGGAAAGAGGUGGCUUGUAAUAUUACCAAAUUGCCACCCGGUUCUAUAGUUUUCGAGGAAGUCAGUAACGACAUAGUGAAAGGACAAGUAUGGAAACCGCUAGAAAGAGGAAACGCGGCCCGCCAUCAAAACGAUCCCUUGCCUGGAAGAAUUCGGUAUAGAGAUACGGAUCACUCUGAAGUUGAAAUACCUUUUGGUGACAAGGAUCAGAAAGGCGAUUUUACUCUCAGACACGGGGACUGGGUUCAAUUUCGUAUCGCCACAGAUACUAGAGACCAAUUGAAAAGAGCCACGGAAAUAUUAUUAUUAACGGAAUCUUUUGCUGUGUCCGGUGAAAGACGAGAACAAGGAAUUAUAGCUACGCUCAAAGAUGGAUUUGGUUUCAUUCGCUGCGUCGAUCGAGACUUGCGACUCUUCUUUCAUUUCAAAGAAAUUUUAGACGCCGAUCGAGAGAUUAGCGUCGGAGACGAAGUCGAAUUUACCAUAAUUCAAGAUCCUUCCUCAUCGUUUUCAAAUAAUCGACAAAGUGCAAUUAGAUUGAUACGUUUAGCAGCCGGUACUGUUCAAUUCGAAACGAUUAUAGAAAAAGAUUUGUUGGGCACUGUAAUUCAGAAUAUAAACGUACCUGCACCUGGUCUCAUUGAAUACACGAAAGAUAAUGAACAAAAAAAUAUUAUUUUCUUUAGCAAAGAUUGCGAUCCUAAAAAUAUUCCGAAGCUUAAUGACAAGGUUCAAUUCAGUAUUUGUCAGGUGAAACGAAAUAAAGAACUUGUCGCGGUUGACAUAUCUGUGGUGAGCUCUUCCGAGAAAACUCAAAACGGUAAAAAGAAGUUGAACGAUCAAGUUUGUCAGGGUUUCAUUGCCGCGCUCAAAGAUGGAUUUGGUUUUAUCGAGACUGUAAACCAUGAUAAAGAAAUAUUUUUUCACUUCAGCAAUUUCGAAGGAGACGUUAGUGCGUUGGAAGUGGGGGCUGAUAUCGAAUGUACAAUCAGUUCUGGAAACGGUAGAGGUAACGGCGGUUGCGUGGCCGCCGAUUACGUUAAAUUGAUACCUCGCGGAAGCAUUCCUAGGCCGACGCCAGUUAGCGAAGUGCUCGACGGAACAGUGAUUAGACCAUUGCGAAGCACCAAUCCUGACCAGGCAGAGUAUGCUGGUUUAAUAAAAAUAAACGCUACCACCGAGGAUGAGGAUACUCCGGAAUACGAAUUCCGAAUCAUGGGGCUCGUUAACAAACGCGAGUUGUUACAAGCCGGUGAUCCUGUGCAAUUGCAGGUGGAUUCGGCAGGUCACGCUUGUAACAUUGUGGCAGUUAGGAAAAAGAGACGAGCGACGGUCGAUGCGGUUAAAGGUCCUUUUGGUUUUCUCGCUUACGAGGUCGACGAGGGAAAGAAGCUAUUCUUCCAUAUGAGCGAAGUCCGAGAUCACGCGGUACUUCAGCCAGGUGACCAGGUUGAAUUCGUUUUAAUCACGAAUCAGCGUACUGGUAAAUCGUCUGCAUGCAAUGUGACGCGAUUAAGUGAUUCGGUUCAACAACGACCUGAACGAUUGAUCAGUCGGUUGCGUACCACUUCGUUGGAGGAGACGGGUCCUAAAUUAACGAUAGUCAGACAACCAAGAGGGCCGGACGGUACGCGCGGAUUUAGUCAGGAAAGAUCCCAGCAUACCCCUGGUGCCAUCCAAGAAUAAUGUCGUAUCGAAUGGGAUUAUUGCUUAUCCAAAUUGUAAUCUACAUUACUUGUUUUUAGUCCAUACACUUCGGUACCGAGAUUAUUAUUAUUAUAAGCAGCGUAAACAUUUGCCAAAUUGAGACUAAUGUGACAAGAAUAAUAACAUUGAUAAUAAUCGAUUGGAACAUGAUCUUGUUAAAAGGAAGAAUAUAAAGUAAAAAAACAACGAGUCAUUUUAUCAUCUUAUAAAAAAUAAUCAGCAAGGCAGUUUGUCUGAAUUCGUUUGAAAAUAACAAUGAAUAACUUUCCUUUUUCAAAUGAAAUUUUUAUAAUUCUGAUGGACUCUAGUUACGAGACACUCUUCUAUCUUUCUUUUACAGGUAAAAAUUUUUGCAUUCAUUCAGUUAAUUGUAAGUACAGUUUAUACAUUGGAUGAUAUAAUUGAAUAUUAAAAGUUGUUUGACAACCUGCCUGUUUGUAAUGUUCAAAGAUAAUGUCCCGUCUGUCUUUAUAAAAAUAUACGUACAUGUUGAUAAAAUUUUUAUUUAUAUUAUUUUCUUGGAAUCUUUGUUUUAAUCCAUAAUGUAUAUUGCGAUCAACUGAAACAAUGUAUAAUAGCCGAACAAGAAUUGUAUGCAACGCAGCAUAUACACUCGAAAUACAUACGAAUUGGCCGUACGAUCAAAAAAUAAAUAAGAAGGAAUAAACACGUUCGUACUGAGAAUUCUCGAGAUUUGUGAAUUUACGAAAAUUUAUAAUCGCGGAAAUGCAAAAAACAAAUGGUGUUUUACUAUAUGAAUUAUUGUAACGUGUUGAAACUCUGUUGAAGAGAAAGUGUCUAUGAAUUUGUAAAAAGGAAGUUACAAUUGGCCAAUUGUUUGUCCUAGAUAAUAUAUAAACAUAUAAAUAUAUAUAUGUACAUGUCGUUAAGUUCCUGAUGCAGUCUCGUGUUGUAAAAUGAAACUAGUAUUAUGAAUUCAGUCGAUAUAUAAAUCCAAGGAAAUUACCACAAGUACUUACGUGAAAAAAAAGAAAAAAAAAGUAUGAGGAAACGCAUUUUAUAAGUUUUGCUAUUGGAAACAGCAAGCAAGGCACACGUGGCAUUACGUAGAGAGUAGGCGAACGGAGUCAAAUUAACAACAUGCAUCGACGAUUGCAGGCACGAUACGAAACCAAACGUUUCUCGGAGAACUCCACGGAUCCAACACAUCACGUGCAUACAUAUUGUAAAAUUAUUGAUGAAUAAACAGUGAAAAUAUCAAACAUA